AUGUACCUGACGACUGUGUUUGGAAACCUCUUCAUCAUCCUGGUUGUCAGCUCUGACUCCCACCUUCACAUGCCCAUGUACUUCUUUCUCUCCAACCUGUCCUUUGCUGACUUCUGUUUCAUCUCUACCACCAUCCCAAAGAUGCUGUUGAACAUCCAGACACAAAGCAAAGCCAUAACCUAUGAAGGUUGCAUCACACCUAUGUAUUUUUUCAUACCGUUUGCAGAGUUGGAUGUCUUCCUCCUGACCAUGAAAGCCUAUGACCACUUUGUGGCCUUCUGCCGCCCUCUGCACUACAAGGUCAUCAUGAAUCUCUGGCUGAGUGGGCUACUGGUUCUGGUGAUCUGGAUCAUCAGUGGUCUGUGUCCCUUAAUACAAAGCUUAAUGUUACGGCUGUCCUUCUGUACAGAUUUGGAAAUCCCACACUUUUUCUGUGAACUCAAUCAUGUGAUCAAACUGGCCUGUUCUGACACUUUGCUCAAUAACAUGGUGAUAUAUUUGGGAUCUGUCUUACUGGGUGGUGGUUCACUCUUUGGUAUCCUUUACUCUUACUCUAAGAUAGUUUCCUCCAUCCGCAGAAUCUCAUCAGCUCAGGGCAAGUAUAAAGCAUUUUCCACCUGUGCAUCUCACCUCUCAGUUGUCUCCUUAUUUUAUUGUACAAGUCUCAGAGUGAACCUUAGCUCUGCUGCUCCCCACAGCUCUCGCUCAAGUGCAAUAGCUCUGUGA